GCGUAAUAGUAUCGGUGUACAUUGUACGAGGCUGGAAAGUGCGCCUCGUGUUGAGGUGCGCCACCGUAAAGACUGUCUCUUGGCGUUGAUGAAUUCUUGGCGCACAAUCGUUCCCGCCUGCACCAUCCAAGUCGGCGCCUGAUGACUUUUCAGAUUGCCAGCUUUGGAACAACCACCUCGACAACCACCGACUCGGCACAAAUACGACAAUGGGCGUCCCAACAGUUAAGCCGAAAGGCUCGAAGAAGCCGAGCGCCAAAGCCAACCAGGCCGCCAAAGCCACUCUGAAAGGCAUCCAUUCCGACAAGGCCCGCAAGAUCCGCAAGUCGACGACCUUCCACAGACCCAAGACGCUCGUUCUCUCCCGGUCGCCAAAGUACCCGCGCAAGUCGAUUCCCCAUGUGCCCCGACUGGACGAACAUAAAGUCAUCAUCCACCCUUUGAACACCGAGAGCGCAAUGAAGAAGAUUGAGGAGCACAACACCUUGGUCUUCAUCGUCGACACCAAGGCCAACAAGCGACAGAUCAAGGACGCCCUGAAGAAGCUGUACGACGUGGACACUGUCAAGAUCAACACCCUCAUCAGACCAGAUGGCAAGAAGAAGGCUUUUGCCAGAUUAACCACGGAUGUGGAUGCUCUCGAUAUCGCCGCCACGAAAUUGUCCAUUGUGUAGAGGGCCGGAUUUGUUGUACGAGGAUGGGAGAUUCUCACCGGAUGCAGAGGCUGAGCGCCCAGUGACAGCGAUUCUCAAGGGCAACAUCUGCAUAGGGGAUACGGUUGAGCGUGGAAUGGACUUUGAGGAUCCACGAUUAGAGGAUUGAGCUAUUACCAAAACCCAAGCGUGCUUAUGAAGAAAAAGUCCAGAAACCAUUUUUGAGAGCAGGAAUUCUUUUUUUGGUCUUCCGGCAACGCCCUCGGAGGACGUGUCUGCCACCUCUAUCCCGAUGUGAUGUUACAUAUGCGAAGCGAUCUGCCGGACAAUGCAAUCCUCCUUCCGAGUAUUUCCCCCGGACUGUCCUAUUGCGGCAGAACCCCAACCACGAUUACAUCAAAUCUUGUAGUUGUACAAAAGUUUCGCAUUUUCAAAAACUCGUCGUGCCUUAUGCCAUCAUUGUCCCGCACGGAUGGCAUCCAGGUGUUUCAAAAUCGUCACAUUCGUAUCCAUGAAUCUUUCCACACAGUUGGACAUGCACGUCUCUUCCUUGGGGGCCAACUUGCCCCCAGAUAUCGAGCCGGUGAUGCAUUUCUUGAAGCACAUUUCCGUCAUUUCGUGAAUGUCUAUAACAUGGGAGCAAGGAACCCGUUAGCUUAAAUGUGUCAUAGACGCCGCCCAAUCCACCGUGAAGAUGGAUCACAUGUAUGCCCACAGGUUCAACUUACUCUUCUGGAUCUGCGCUCUUUGCAUCUGAACCUGGACGAAGGUCUGGAGCUGCGACUGCUCGGCAGGGGUCAGGCGCGCGAUGUCCUGCUGGGUGAUGUUGAGUUCAACGUCGUCCAUUUUGAUAUUGUUUUAUUUUUUGACCAAGAAAGCGAAGCUGAAGAGGCAAC